GCGGCGGCUGCCGUCGCGGGCGCGGGCUCGGCGGCUGCCGCCGCGGGCGAGCCAGCAGAGGCGGCGGCAGCGGCGGGGCCUGCCGCGGCCAGCGGGGCCGAGGAGAAGGCGCCCCCGCCUGCCAGGAAGGAGCGCUUCCCCAGCCUGCUGGCCGAGCUGGGCCUGCGGGCGACGCCGCGGGGCCUGCUGCUGCCCGAGUGGCGCAAGGCCUUCCUGCAGCGGCGGCGCGCCGAGCGGGAGCAGGCGGCGCUGGCCGGGGAGCCCGCGGGCCAGCUCGCGGUGAAGGACCCGAGCGCUCGGACGUCGCGGAAGCCGUCGGGCGGGCAGCGCGUGGCCCCCCUGGACGAGGUCUCCUCCGCGCUCUUCCACGCGGCCCUGAACGGGAGCAGCGAGGACUGCGUCGACGUCCUCAACGCCGGCGCCGACAUCAACGUGCGCUCCAACGCCGACAUGGACGGCCUCGGCAAGGGCGCCACCGCCCUGCACGUGGCCACGUCGCGGGGGCACGAGGACGCCGUGGCCACGCUGCUCCAGCGCCGCGCCGACCCGACCCUCACGACAGGGCGCAACGAAGCGCCCGUCCAGAUCGCGGCGCGGCUGGGCCACGUGGGCAUCGUGCGGCUGCUGAGGGUCGUCGGCGCCGCGCCCGCCGACGCCGAGAGCGCGCUGCAGUUGCUGAGCACCGCGCCAGCCCACGACGACCGCAAGAGGCGCAGGAUGCACGCCGCCCUGGACCCAUACGGGAGGGACGGGGGUAGGCCUCCGCAGCGGGCGCCCCCUCCGCCCGCCAUCGCCGACGGCGACGGCCGCGGGGGCGAGUGGGACGCGCCAGAGGCAGCGCACCCGAGCGCCUCGGACGGUUGCGGCGCCAGGGACGGGAAGAGCCGCGGCAGGGGCAAGGACGGCAAGGGCAAGGAGGGCAAGGGCAAGGACGGCAAGGGCGGCCAUGGCAAGGACAGCAAGAAGCCUCGUGCGCGCACCAGGGCCAGAGGAGACAAAGGUGCCGGCAAGGGCAGCGCGGAUGGCUGA